UGUUUUAAAAAGUGUGUGAUGUCAAUAUUUAUCGCAGCCGAAGCCCUACCUCCCCAACCCACGCCAGCACUCCCACCCCAACCGCCAGCCCCACAACCACAACCGGCUCCUCAUCAACCAAGGCAACGGAGGCGUGCUAGACCACCAAUUUUCCGACCCCGUGUCCUACUUUUUGGGAUGCCAGAUGAUGUGGUUGUACGUAGAUACAGGCUGCCACCACAUCUAAUCCUAGACACUCUCUCCAUAAUAGAGAGUGAUCUGGAGUCUGAAAUUCGGUAUCCUACAGCAAUACCACCAUUGACACAAUUCCUUGCUGUGUUACAUUUUUUGGCUACAGGCUCUUAUCAGCAUGUGGUAGGAGACCUGGUUGGCAUGUCGCAGGGCCAGUUCAGUAAGGUCCUGCGGUGUGUCUGCCAGGCUUUCCUAAAGCGUGUGAAGCAAUUUAUUGCUAUGCCUUUGGAUGUUGGUGCCCUAGAUGUGGUGAAGCGGCAAUUUGAGGAAGGUGGUAGUCGCUUCCCACAUGUUAUUGGGGUUGUGGAUGGCACACAUGUAGCUAUUCAGCCACCAAAACAUAAUGAAGAAAUUUAUAGAAACAGGAAACUGUUUCAUUCUCUGAAUGUAAUGGUUGUUUGUGGGCCAUCCCUCCAGAUCCUUUCCCUGAAUGCAAAGUUUACUGGAAGUUCCCAUGAUGCGUAUGUCAUUAGACAAUCAGGGAUAUGGCACAGAUUAAGAUCAAGUCAACGAGCAGACAUGUGGUUAUUGGGAGACCGUGGAUAUCCUUGCACCCCCUGGCUCAUGACUCCUUACCGUAAUCCCAGGCCAGGACCACAGACGGCAUUUAACUCCGCGCUUACUGCCACUAGGCAGCUUGUGGAGCGCACAAUUGGGGUCCUUAAAGGGCGGUUUCGUGUGCUCCACCGCACUGGUGGCGACAUCAUGUAUUCGCCGGAGAUGGCAAGUAAACUAGUGGUUCUGUGCGCUAUACUACACAAUAUCGCGGUAAGGAGUAGCGUAGAGCUUCCUCAGACAGAGGAAUUGCCUGAUGAGGAGCCAGGGGUUGUUCGACACUUCGGUGGGGGGAGUGUUACACGGAGGGGGAGCCAAGUCAGGGCAAGCAUUGUUGCGGAAUAUUUCAGGUAUAGUGUUUUUAUAUUAUCUGUUUUAACCAAAUUAAAAGCACAGUAUGCUUAUGUAUUAUUUGUAAUGUUGACAUUUUGUUUGAUAUUGUAA